AUGUCUCAGCAGAAGCUGGACACCGUGAACGCGCAGGCGGACAGGGCCUACCUUCGGCUGUCGCGCAAGUUUGGCCAGUUGCGACUGCACCACCUGGAGCGACGGAACCUCCUCAUCCAGAAUAUCCCGGGCUUCUGGGGGCAAGCUUUUCGGAACCACCCCCAGCUAGCAUCCUUUCUGAGCCAGCACGAUAAGAAAAUUCUCAGUUACUUGCACAGCCUGGACGUGGAAGAGCUUGGCCUGGCCAGAUUGGGCUACAAGAUUAAGUUCUACUUUGCCCGCAACCCCUUUUUCCAAAACAAGGUGCUCAUCAAAGAAUAUGGGUGUGGCCCCUCGGGCCAGGUGGUGUCACGGUCUACCCCAAUCCAAUGGCUCCCAGGCCAGGAUGUCCAGGCCCUCAGCCAGGGAGACUCGGACAACCUCUUCAGCUUCUUUUGGUGGUUUUCCAAUCACAGCUCCAUUGAGUCUGACAAAAUUGUUGAGAUAAUCAACGAGGAACUGUGGCCCAACCCCCUGCAGUAUUACCUUCUGAGUGAAGGGGCCCCCGGAAAGAAAGGAACGGAGGUCGGGGAAAGUCCGGAACAGCAACCGAAGGAAUCCUCCGAGGCGAACCAGUCCAAAUGAGGCCGCACAAGUCUCCCCCUUACCUCCCAUUGAACCUGCCUGGCUGACAUGUGCUGGGCCAAGUGUUGUCUCUUCAUGCUGGCAUAUGUGCCCCAUAGCCGCUUUGGACCUUCACUGCCCUCACUACAGGGACAUGGCCUUUAUGGUCAUGCUCUUUUGCCUCCCUCUGAGCUUCAUGCCUUUUUUUUUUUUCCUUCCAAACUUAGUGUCACAUUGUUAGGUGAUCCCACAGAACAAACACGCGGUGCUUCAGAUGUGUGCUGCCUCUAUCCACGUUACCUGGAACUGCUCUUGGCGCUGACCUUUCCCACUUGUCUUUAACUUGGACACUCAUGGAGUCAACCUCCAGCAGGACCAGAGUAGCCUCAGCUCUAUUACAUCACACUAGUGACUUGCUGGCCUUGGUAUUCUUGCUGCCCUUACAGGCCACCUUUGGCAAGCUCCUCUAUGUCUGCGACACAAUGAAACUCCUGUACAGGGUGUGGGCCACCGGCCAGGACAGUUCCAUAGCCCUGGGGCACCAGUCAUGCCACCUACUGGAUCUCUGAGUUUGCUCAGGGCUCUGGGCUACCCACCUGCACGGGAGCAGGUGCACCGUGUUCGACAUCAUCUUGCCUCCUGAUCUGAGCUCUUCUGGUGGACCUUGGUUGAGGCCAGGGCCACACCCCAUCACUCUCCGGUCGAGUUUGGCUUAGGUUACUGUGGCCCCCGUUGGCUUCCUGGUUGAGAAGGACUUCGAGAACUGCCUGUGGACCCAGCCCUCCGGCCAGUGAGUGAGACACACACCUCCCCACAGCAACCUUCCAGAAGCCCCACGGGCUGCCAGAUGGGUGGACUGGCAGGUUAUCCGAAGUCCAUGACUGCCAGUUCUGUGACUGCUGGGCGAUCGGAGCUCUUCCUUUUGGUGAUGACAGUGAGGAGAUGCACAGCUGUCAUCACCUCGGCUCUGCUUUUGUUUGUUUGUUUCCGACAUUGUGGUGUGGAGUUCCAGGGAUGGGCUCUUCAGGGUACACGUGUUGAGAAUUAAUGAAGAGUCUCAAAGAGACAAAGUAGAUGCUCCAGGCCCCCCUUCAUCCCCCGCCGGACAGAAAGAUGGACUGGCUCUGCGAUGAGAAGGUGCUUCAUGAAGACCCUUCAGGAGAAUGCCCCUUUUUCUUUCCUCUCGUGUAAUACGGAGAGGAGACUUCUCUGACUGCUAUAGUAAGGUGACCAGACGUCCCGCUUUUGGUGGGACAGUCCGAUUUUUAACAAAUUUUCCUGC